AUGUUAUCCACAUUGCGCGGAAAAGUCCUCAAUAAAGGGGAAUGCACAAACAAAUGCGUCGUUUCAGUUUUAAACGCGUUUCAGAAAAGAAACAUAUCGAAAGAUAUACGAUUUGGUAGCGAUGCCAGAACAGCAAUGCUCACAGGGUGCAACAAGUUGGCAGAUGCUGUGAGUGUAACGCUUGGACCAAAGGGAAGAAACGUAAUAAUAGAACAAUCCUUUGGUUCUCCGAAAAUAACAAAAGAUGGAGUUACAGUUGCGAAGAGCAUUGAAUUUAAUAACAAGCUAGCUAAUUUGGGUGCUCAGAUGGUGAAACAAGUAGCUGCAAACACAAACGACAAAGCAGGAGAUGGAACAACAACAGCUACGAUUUUAGCUAGAUCGAUAUUUCAACAAGGAUGUAAAGCAGUAGAUUCAGGCAUGAACCCAAUGGAUUUAUUAAGAGGAAUAAAUAAAGGAGUAGAAAAGGUUCUAGAGUAUUUAAAUUCGAUAAAAAAAGAUGUAACAACAACUGAAGAAAUAUUUAAUGUAGCUAGUAUAUCAGCUAAUGGAGAUAAAAAUAUAGGACAGCUAAUAGCUGAUACUAUGAAAAAAGUUGGAAAAGAAGGUACCAUAACUGUUACAGAAGGAAAAACAUUACAACAUGAACUCGAAAUUGUGGAAGGAAUAAAAUUUGACAGAGGAUAUAUAUCUCCAUAUUUUAUUAAUAAUAGUAAAGAUCAGAAAGUAGAACUUGAUAAACCAUACAUACUUAUACAUGAAAAGAAAAUUUCAAGUGUUAAAUCUUUACUACCAAUCUUGGAACACGUUUUACAGAAUCAGUCAUCCUUAUUAGUUAUUGCAGAAGAUGUAGAUAGUGAUGCAUUGGCUACAUUGAUAGUAAAUAAAUUAAGAUUAGGAUUAAAAAUAUGUGCAGUUAAAGCUCCAGGAUUUGGUGAACAUAGAAAAGCACUUGUUCAUGAUAUUGCUGUGAUGACAGGUUCUAAAGUUGUAACGGAAGAAGCAGGAUUAAAAUUGGAUGACCCAGAUGUUGUAUCUUACUUAGGGAAAGCUAAAUCGAUUAAUGUAACUAAGGAUAGUACAUUAAUUAUGGAAGGAGAAGGGAAAAAAGAAGAAAUUAAUGAAAGAUGUGAAAGUAUAAGAAAUGCUAUAAAAUUAAAUACUUCCGAUUAUGAGAAAGAAAAAUUACAAGAACGACUAGCCAAAAUAACAGGAGGUGUUGCAUUAAUUAAAGUAGGAGGAAUAAGUGAAGUAGAAGUGAACGAAAUUAAAGAUAGAAUACAAGAUGCUUUGUGUGCAACCAAAGCUGCUGUUGAAGAAGGUAUUGUUCCAGGUGGUGGAAGUGCAUUAUUAUUUGCAUCCAAAGAAUUAGAUUCGGUGCAAACAGAUAAUUAUGAUCAAAGAGUUGGUGUCAAUAUAAUCAAAGAUGCAUGUAAAGCACCUAUUAAACAAAUUGCUGAAAAUGCUGGACAUGAAGGAUCAGUAGUUGCUGGUAAUAUUUUAAAAGAAAAAAAUUCCAACAUUGGAUUUAAUGCACAAGAAGGAAAAUAUGUAAAUAUGAUCGAAUCAGGAAUUAUCGAUCCCACUAAAGUUGUCAAAACAGCUAUUUCGGAUGCAGCUUCUAUAGCAUCACUUAUGACAACAACAGAAGUAGCCAUCGUUGAUUUCAAGGACACAAAAGUGGACGAAACGAAUCCGCAUAUGAAUUCGGUGAAUUCUAUGGGAGAUAUGGGUGGCAUAUAUUGA